AUAUGAAAACAUAGUUAUCUGCUGAAGCGUAUCGCGCGCUGCCGAGGACAACAUGAAUUCGCGAGGAUAAAGAUGUACCCAGCCGUGAGGCCAGAAAUACCGUACGAAAUUUGGAAAAGUUGACCACUGAAGAAACUAUGGAAUCGCCGGAGAUCACCAGGACCAUUCAGAAAAGAGCGGACGAGAGAGAGGAAGCUCAUAUACGAUCUUUUACAAAAUGGAUCAAUUCAAAAUUAUGGAAGGCCCAGCCAAAAGCAAAGAUCGCAGACCUGUUUCAAGAUCUACGAAAUGGCCACGCACUACUCACACUUUUGGAAAUACUCAGACACGAACGAUUGCCUCGUGAAAAAGGGAAAUUGCGUGUUCAUCACGUCAGCAAUAUUGAGAUCGGAUUGAAAGCUUUGGAAAAAGAUAAUAUAAAACUCAUUGGUAUCAGCGGUCAAGCUAUCGCGGACGGUGUUCAUAAAUCAACGUUGGGUCUUGUUUGGUCAAUUAUUUUACAUUAUCAGGUUCAUGGUGCAUUGCAAGAGGAUGAUGUUGAGGUGGAACAGCCAAAACAGGCCACUGCAAAUACUGCUGUUACAAGAAAGAAAUCUAAGCCACAAACCGAAGCAGAUGUGGAGGACCGACUGCUACGUUGGGUUCAGAAUGCCACAGAAGGGUAUGAUGACGUGAUUCAAGUGAAAGAUCUGUCUAAAAGCUGGAGAGACGGCAGAGCGUUUAACUUACUGAUCCAUGUUCACAGAAAUGAUCUUAUAAAACUGGAAGCGAUUGAGAAAAUGAGUAACGAGGGAAGACUUGAUCAUGCUUUCACCGUUGCUGAAGAAAAUCUUCAAGUACAGAAGCUAUUGGAACCUUCAGAUGUUGAUCAAGCAAAUCCAGACAAGAAGUUGGUUAUGAUGUACGUGUCCAGUUUAUACGAAGCUCUUCGUGAAUACGAGCCCGUAAAGCGUGCUAAGAGAAGGAAAGUCGUGGAAGAAGAAUUGGUCUCUUCGGCGUCUUCAACUGUCGAGUCUUCAAUCCCAGACAUGCCAAGUGAGCCGUUCCUUAAAUUCAAAGACGACUUGUCUCAGACAUCAGAUAAUAUGCAGACGGUUGCAAAUCAUCUGUCAGAGAUUGAGGAUACAUUUCAAAAUCGCAUUGAUGUCCAGCGAUGGCAGAACUACGAGGGAGAAUUCCAAGCGGUUAAAUCGCAAGUGGAAACCCUGAAUAAAAGUGGAACAAAAGCCACGAAUGAUCCCAGUGUUCAGCUACUUGAAGCCGAGGAAAUACGCAGCGAUUUGAAGGCGCUGGAUUCCCGAUGGUCAGAUCUAAUGGAUAGGACGGGAAAACAGCAAAAAAGGGUCGCAUUUUUUCGAGAGAAAGAUGGGCAACUGAUGAAGCAGUGGCGGAAACAGACUGAAAUAUUUCUUGAUUGGAUGGAUAAAAUGGACGAAAAGUUUGAAAACAUUGAAGCAAUGAAAUCGGAAGAAGACAUAAACGAACUUGUAAAACAAGCACAAGCUCUGAAGGAUUUACGUGAUGCGAUCAACACUAAUUCAGUCGCAGGAGAAACCUUUGAGUUUGGUAGAGGUUUAAUGAAAGGCAAUGAACUCUCGGCCGAAAAUCAAGCUAAAAUAAAACAACAGUUGAUUGAAUUGGAAAAGGAAUUACAAAUUCUGAAAGAAAGAGCUGGGCAAGAUAUUGACAGGUAUAACAAGAGUAUAGAGACUUUGAGGCGUACGCAGUCUGAUCAAAUGGGUAAAUGGCGCAAAGAGGCUGAGGCGAUGUGUGAUUGGCUCGACAGAAUGGAGGAUCAAUUGGAUGCUUUAGAAACACAGAGUGGUGGUCGUGAUGUUAAGAACAUCUAUGGGAACUUGGAGGAAUGCGAGAAACUGCAUGAAACCAUAAAGAAUGAUACCACACCUCAGUCGAUUGUGGAAUGCGGUGAGAUUAUGAUGGCUGAGAAGACUUUGUCUAAGGAACAGAAACUGAAGAUUGAGAAACAACUGACUGAAAUGAAAAACGAAUGGCGAUCACUGAUAGCAAAAUCCGCAGACUUGAAGACUCGACUGACCGCGAUACGAGAUGAAAGCGAACUUGAAGAAAAGCAUAAAGUGGAAGAAUGGAUAAGAAGAUUUGAACUCCUGCUGAAGCAAAUGACCAAAGUAAAAGGAACAAUUGCAAAGCUGCCAACGCUUCCUAUUAUCGGCGAAAGAAACAGGGCUUUUCAGGAGUGUAUAAAGGUGGUGGAUACCAUAAAACCCGAGUAUCAGAAUGCUGUGGAAUGUGCUGAGGAAGUGAUGACUCACGAUACUUGCCCCGCUGCGGAGAAAGUUCAGGUUAAAGAAGAUGUUGAACUCUUGCACACGACCUGGAACAGUGUUAUUGACGUCAUGGAUGGAGAAGCGAAAAGCAUUCAUGCGAUAAUGUCGAAAGCAUCUGAAGACCAACUCGGGAAGGUGAAAGAAUGGCGAGAGAAGUAUAAAGAAGUUGACCUUUGGUAUGAGACAAUGACACCAAAGGUGGAAGGAAAUUUCAACAUAGGAAAAACCUUAUCCACUGUGCAAAAACAGAUGACUGAGCAAGAGGAAAUCUCGAAAGAAAUGGUCAUGACCCAUGAGAAGGUGGAAUAUCUUCUGGCGAACGGACAAGAACUACUGCAGAAUGUCAACACACCUGAGGCCGAGAAAAACAAGUUGAGAAAGGAUAUUGGAAACCUGGUUGAACGAUGGGAAAGCCUCAGCAAUACUGUUAACAACAGACUACAGAGGUUGGCAGACAUGGAGAAACAUCUUGAAGAGAACCUUCAGGGUAAAUUGGAAGAGUUUUCCAACCAAGCCACCUCGAUUGAAUCAUGGUUGACAAAAGAGGAAAAGAAAUUUCAAGCAAUGGGUGGGAUUGCUCCUAACCUCGAGGCUGCUAUGAAGCAAAAACCACGAGUUGAGGUUUUAAUGAAAGAAAUGAGACAAGAAGAGAAGAAGAUGGCCGCUGUGCUUCGUCUGGGAGACGAAAUACUCGCCGACUCGUCGCUUUCCGAAGAGGAUAACAAUAAGCUUCAACAAGAUUUAAAUCAACUGAAAAAUCGCUGGGAAGCUUUGGGUGAAAAGAUCAACUGGAGAAUUCAAAGGCUCGAUGAGACGAUAACAAAAUUGGGAUCUCAACAGCAGGAUAAGCUUCAGAAGUGGCGAGAAAAUGCUGUACAGAUUUCUGAAUGGUUGGAUAAAACACAGCUGCGGCUGGCUGAACGUGGUGCUAUUGGCUCCGAUUUGAAGACCGUUAACGCUCAGAAAGACGAUUUUCAGGUAAUCCUGGAUGAGUCGCUUGAGUUCCAACGUCACAUCUACGGCUUCACGGAGUUCGGCGAGAAUCUCCGAACGGAUCCGUGCAUCAACGAAGAAGAACGAAGCAAAGUUCAACAGAAGACAAAAUCUCUGAAUGACAGAUGGGAUGGUAUUGUACAGCAAAUUAACAACCAUCACAAUGCACUGGAAACGAAGGUUGAUGAACUGGAAGCGAGACAUCAGAGCGAACGGCUGACGGAAUGGAAAACUAAAUGUGAACCGUUGCAGAAGUGGCUGACCACAAAAGCUUUAGAGGCAAAAUCACUCAAGGAGAUUGCCAGCGAUAUCUUUACAGUACAAAGACAACUGGGUGAAACGAAGGUUCUCAAGUCAAGGGUGGACAAUUAUGGUAAACAGUUCCGUGAUGCUGACGAUUUCUCGAAAGAAAUUCAAAAGGAUCCGUUGAUAGAAGACGAUAAGGCAAAACAGAUCGAGACUCAAGCGCAUGACAUGAUCAACCGAUGGAGUGCACUUAAAUAUGGUCUUGAAGGACGUAUUGACAGGUUAUCGAAAAAAGAAGCAGAAUUACAGAAAGAGGACUCAAAUAAAAUGUCUGAAUGGAAAACAAAAGGAUCUGAGUUUAAGGAAUGGCUCAAAAGCAAAAAAAACGAGCUUGAAAGUCACGGUCAAGUUGGAACAAAACCUUCGACAGUCAAACAACAAAAGGUCGAACUUGAGAACCUCGUCGAAGCUGUAAAAGCAAACAAGCAGAGUUUAGAUGAAACUAUGGGUUUGGCUGAUGAAGUUCUCAGCAUGAAGCUGUUAUCUGAUGAAGAUCGCAGACAAACUCAGCAAGAUAAAUUGAGCAUUAAAAGGGAAUGGGAUACACUACAUGACAAUUUAGAGUGGAGAAGAAAAAGGCUUGUUAACAAAGAAACGGAAUUGGAUGGUGAGCGGGCCGCUAUGAUCAAGGAGUGGAAGAAUAAGGCUAUUCCUUUACAAGAUUGGUUGAAGAAAGAGGAGACAAAAUGUGCGGAUUAUCAGGAGAUUCCGGAAAAUUAUGAACAAUUAUCUGUGGAAAUAAAUCGGCUACAGACUCUUCUUGAGACGAUUGAACAAAAAGAAAAACAACUCAACAUAAUUUUACGUUUGAGUGAAGAGAUUCUUCAAAGUUUCUCAUUAUCAGACGAGGAUAGAACCAUGGUAGAAGAUGACACACAAACACUUCAAAAAAGAUUGACAAAUCUCACAGAGAAAACGCAAGCCAACGUUAAAAGACUCAACCAGAGAAGAUGCUUGCUGGAUGACGAGAGAAAUGCCAAGAUAGAUGAAUGGAAAAAGAGGACGAUGCCGGUUGAACAAUGGCUGGUUGAAGAAAAUAACAAGUUCGAUUCUCAUUCGCUCUCCCCUGGUGCUGGCUUGGAUGUUGUAAGAAAAAAACGUGCAGAAAACGAGGUUCUCUUCAACGAAAUGCUUGCAAAUGAAAGUCGUUUGAACUCAAUCAUUAAACUUCACGAGGAAAUGCAGCACAAUCAAACGUUGUCUGCUGAAGAUAAGAGAAAACGACAACAGGAAAUGAACAAAAUCAAAACAAAUUGGAAAACUUUAGAAGAAAAAAUGGAAACUGCGGUAAAACGGAUUACAAACAGAGAAGAUGAUUUAGGAAAGGAACGUGAUCGUCGUCUCAAAGAAUGGCAGACAAAAUAUGAAGUAAUCGUAAAUUGGAUUGAGGCGAGAAACAACAAACUUCGUGAUUCUGGUGAUUUUAACCAAAAUCUGGAUGCUGUGAGAGAGGAAUUAACGAUUGUUAAGGGAUCGAUGGACGAGCUUCACGUCCAGCAGAAGGAAUUUCGCAUUUUACUGCGUCUCGGAGAGGAACUCCAAACCCAUCCAUCAAUGUUGGACGAGGAUCGUUCGAAUAUUGGAAAUGAAGUAAUCUUUGUGAAAACAAGCUGGAAAGAACUAGAGGAAGCAAUGAAUGAAAGAUUGAAAAAGCUGAAUGAUGUUGAGAGAAAACUGUUGGAACAAAGAGUGGGCGAUAUGAAAGAAUGGAAAGAUGUCUCGAGUCCUGUCAAAGAAUGGAUUUCAAAACAUGAACAGAAGAUCAGAUCUCUUGGUCUGAUGAAAAAUGAUCACGAUGCCGUAGCAAAACAAAGAGAAGACGUUGAGGCAUUAGACGAGGCCUUGAAUGCAAGGCGAAACUCUUUGGAAAAUUUAGACAGUGUGUAUCAAAGACUGAGUGAACGAGAUUCGCUAUCCGAAGAUGAUAAGAAAAAGUUGCAACAAGAGUUGAACAGCAUAAAGAAUAACUGGCGAAACCUCGAGGAAUUGAUCCGUGAAACGCACACAAAGGUCAGCAAACAGGAAGGCAGUUACCACGAAGAACGGAUAGCGAAGAUGGAAGAAUGGCAAACAAAGAGCGCUCCACUGGAGCAGCUGUUCAGUGAUCAAGGAACAAAGUGGGAGGUCGAUGAUGUUUUUGAAUCAAACGAUCUGGAAGCAGUGAGAAAAUAUAAACAAACCACGCAGAUGGACGUGCAGACAAUUCAAAAGCAGCAGGUUGAGUUGCAGAAUGCAAUCCGCCUCGGUGAUGAAGUACAGAAACACGCUGCUCUCCGAGAAGAGGACAGAACUAAAGUACGAAUGCAUAUGAGCAGUUUGAAGAACCAGUGGCAGAACUUGGAAGAAAGAAUGCACAAGAAAGUUAAAAGGCUAUCCUCGAGGGAAAUGGCGUUGAGUGAAGAACGAUCUGUACUGUUGUCGAACUGGAAAGGUGCUGUCUCGGAGCUUCAAGAUUGGCUGGCAAAACAAGAGAAGAAAAUUGCUGCUCAAGGAGAUCACGCUUCCGAUCCUGAAUCUAUACGAAGACAAAAGGUUAUGUUAGAGACUCAUCUCCAGGAACUUCAUCUGAAAGAGAAACAGCUCGAGACAAUCGUGGAAAUGGGAAAGAACACGCAGAAACACGCCUCGAUGUCGGAGGAUGAACGCAAGACGAUACAACAAGAUAUUACGUUGCUGGAAAAUUCCUUUAAAGCCGUGGAACAGAAAAUUGAAGAGAAGUUAAAGCGCGUGAACGCAAGCGAGAAAGCACUUCAAGAUGAAAAAGACAGUAAACUGGCUGAAUGGAGAAAUAAGCUCGCCAUCAUUGAGGCUUUGUUGGCUGCAGAAAAUGAUAAAUUUCAAGGUGAUGAAGUGGACGGAGCCGAUGCUGGUUUGGAAAUCGUAGCAAAGCAGAGACGAGAGAUGGAGGAUCUUGCUAAAGAUAUGGAGCUUCAGGAAAAGAAGCAGUUGGCGAGUGUUGUACGUUUUGGUGAUGAUCUGAAGACGCAUUCAACACUUUCACCUGAGGAUCGUCAUCAAAUCCAGGAGGAUAUCGAGACACUGCGAGAAAACUGGGAAAAUAUGAGCGAGAAAAUAAAUUGGAAAAUUAAGAGACUCACGGAGAAAGAAGCAGAGUACAAGGAACAAGGCUCGCUGAAACUUCAGGAAUGGAAUAAAACACUAGCCCCGUUGCAGGAAUGGUUUGUCAAGAGCGAACAGAAAUUAGACUCAUUUGAGGAUCUCGAGUCGAAUGUAAACAAUCUCAAAAGACAAAAUGAAGAAUACUUGGCUUUGCAGAAAGAACUGGAAUUACAAAAGAAACGCGUCACAAAUGUGGCCGUGUUCGGCGAAGAGACUGGUGCUCAUCCAUCUGUGUCCCAAGAGCAGAAAAAGAAUAUUGAACAGAGUAUUGUAACGAUUAAGAACGAGUGGGAGCGAUUGAACGAGAAAGUUAACUGGCGUCUGUCGAGUUUAGAGGAAAAGGAAAAGGCUUUGGACAAACAGCGCCAGGCGAGGUUGAAGGAGUGGAAUGCGAAACUGGAAGCAUUACAAGGCAUGUUGCAAGAACAGGAAAAUGCAUUCAAACAACGGGAAGGCAUUGCUACAGACCUUGAGACAGUCAGAUUCAAGAAAUCUGAAAUUGAGGACAUGCUGAAAGAGUUGGAACUCGAGCAAAAGAAGGAAUUAAAUAACAUCAUCCAAUUCAGUGAAGAUGUAUUUAGCGAUCCAGCUAUGACGACUGAAGAUAACAGAAAGAUUAAACAAGACAUUGGAAAACUUAGGAAUAACAUUGAAAACCUGGAGGAAAAGAUGAAAUGGCGAGCAAGACGAUUAUCUGAUAAAGAGAGCGAACUUGAACAGUUCAGACUGGGAAAACUGGCAGAGUGGAAGUCUGCUUCUAACAACAUUCAAAGGUGGUUAAGUCAGCAGGAUUUGAAACUGCAAUCACUUGAUGAUCUAUCUAACGAUUUAGAUGAAGUACGAGAACAGAAAGCUGUUACAGAGGAACUGGUGAAAGAAAUGGACACAGAGAAGAACGAACUGAAAGCCGUCGCUCAACUGGGAGAUCAAUUAUUGGAACAUCCAUCGUUGCUUGAAGAAGACCGUAAAUUGAUAGAACAACAGCUGUUGAAAAUCCAAAACAAUUGGGACGAACUGGUCACAAAAAUCGACAAACGAAUUGGAAGGAUUACAGCGAGAGAAACAGAGCUGGACAUUGAGGCAGCUCGUAUAACAGUAGAGUGGAGAAACCAGGUAAAUCCUUUGAGGGAUUGGAUCAAUGUUGUUAUAAAUACCGUUGGUGAGGAUAGCCAUGGAUUAGAUAUGGAUAGUCUGAAGAAGACAAGAGCUGAAAUAGAGGCGGUUUCCUUGGAAAUGCAACAGACGGAAGGCGAGCUCAGCAACGUUGUAAGUUUUGCUUACAAAGUACAACAAAACUCUGUGAUUUCUUUAAGUCAGAAGGGUAAAAUACAAGAAGACUGUACAAAUCUGAAAGAGAAAUGGGAUAAACUUGAGACGGCAAUUGAAGAGAAAGCGAAAAGCCUAAACCAAAGCAUACGGAAUUGUGAACAAGAGCGAGAUGGCAAACUGUUGAUUUGGCGAGAAUCGUGUCAGCCGUUGUCAGAUUGGUUGGAUCAAGCAGAUGGCGUUUUAUCUUCGUGUGACGUCGUCGAGACAGAUCUUGAAAACACACGAAAGCAACGUGAAAAAAUUGAGACGUUGUUGACCGACGCCAUAUCCGUUCAGCCCAAAUUUUUGCAGCUGGAAACGACAGUCGAAGAACUCAAACAGGAGCCAUGUUUAUCAAAAGAAGAAAGGAUUGAGGUCGAAAAAGAAGCCGAAGAGUUGAAUGUUCGACACAAUUUGGUCGUAGAGACAUGUCAAACGAGGAAAAUACAGUUUGGGGAAACACAAAAGGAUUUAGAGAAGAAGUAUGAAGAUGCGAAACUGGAGGAAUGGAAAGGAGUCUCUAAACCGAUAGAGGAAUGGAUAAACUCUCGGGAACAGAGACUACAGUUGUUGCAAGAAAGUCCAGAAGAUUUGAAUGGUUUGUACCAGCAGCAGGAAACUACAGAGACUCUAGCAUCUGAGGUAUCUGCCUACCAGACGCACAUCGAGAGCAUGUCAUUGCUGAAUCAAGAACUCUCCGAUGAUCCAUUGAUACACGAUCAGGUCGCUGAUGUCGCCUCGAUGCAGAUGAAAAGCAUUAAAAACAAAUGGAGAAAUUUGAAUGAAAAAGUCCAGGCGAAAUCUGAAAGUUUAUUGAUGAAACUUACGACUUUGCUUAACGAGCGCCAGAGACGAAUUGCAAAGUGGGAUGACAAAGUUGUGCCCAUAGAAGAAUGGCUUUCGGAGAAGGAGGAUAUGUUGUCGAAACUACCACAGCCUGAUUCUCUGGAUCAUGAUGCUGCCAGCAGAUAUAAGAACGAAAUAGUGGAUCUGGUAGUUGAUAUUGAUACCCAGAAGGAAACAUUGACUGAGAUCGCUGAUGUUGAGCUGCAAGUCUUACAACAUCCAUCUGUACCUGAGGAAGAGAGGGCAAAGUUGCAAAAAGAUCUGAAAAAUCUUCAAAGUAAAGCGGACAGUCUCUCAGAUAGAGCUCAACAUCAAGUUGACAGACUAAAAGAAAAGGUGAAGUCCUUCCAGAAAGAACAAAAGAGCAAAUUAGCGGAACGAGAGAAAGAGUUGGAUGAAAUAAACAAGACGUUGAAACAUGCUGAAGAAGUUAUUACCGAGAGAACGGUAGUUGGAGCUGAUAUGGCCACUGUCAGGAACCAGAAAAAGACAAUACAGGAAAUACUCGAACAUUGCAUAACAUGUCAGGAUCGUAUUAACGAGUUCACGAGACGUAGCGACGAUCUCCGAAAUGACCCGUGCAUCUCCGGCGCCGAGAAAGCCAGCAUUGCUGGCUCAACCGAUGCGUUAAAUGAGCGUUGGGACUUAGUGUUAGCUCAACUAAAAACCCGAAAUAAAGCUCUUGAAGAGCAACUCGAGAUACUUGAAGAGAAGCAUAAAAAGGAGCUGCUAAGUCGGUGGGAAGAGAAAUACGAACCAUUUUCAAAGUGGUUGAGUAAUACGGACAAUAUCAUCAAGUCUUUGAAAGACAUCGGGGAUAAUGCGUUGCUCGUGCAGAAACAACAAGAAGAAACCCAAGUGUUGAUAUCACAAGUCACGAACAAAGAGCCGGAAUUCAAUGAAGUAAUUUCUAUCGCACAGACCGUGAAUGAUGACGCUCUAAUCGAAGACAGUGAGGCAAAAACUGUCGAAAAACUGGCGAACAGUCUUUCUAGCAGAUGGGUUGUAGUCAAUGAAGCACUCGUUGGUAGAUCAGAAAGUUUGCGGAUACGCGGUGCAUUUCUUGGUGAGCAAGAACAACAUCUGCUUCAUGAAUGGCGGAGAAAUAUUGAACCGUUCAAUAAAUGGCUGUCCAAAGUUGAAGAUGACGGCGCAUAUGAAGUGGAUGAGAAUGUUGGAGUAAAUACGAUUAAAGAUUACCGUGUUCGAUGCAAAACACUUGAACGUGAAAUCGAAGGUCGUAAGCCGGUUGUUGAAGAAAUCGAAAAGUUGGGAAGAAAGUUGUUGUCAGACUCGGCUGUGAGAGAUGAAGAGAAAGUACAUAUUAAAGAAGAACUGGAGAUCUUGCAGGAUCGAUGGAAGAAAUUACAUCUUAAGAUUCAGGAUAACAAUAAAUGGGCUGACAUCAAGUUGAUUGAGCUGGCCAAAAAGGAACAGGAGACGCUGGAUGUUUGGAGGAAGAAUGUCGAACCAUUCAGUGCAUGGUUGGACGAUACCAACGUCAAAUUGGAUGAAAUACAAAAUAGCUCUGGUGAAACAGAGAACCUGAAAGAAAGACACUUGGACUUGCAGAGAAUCAAGGAGGAUAUGGUGCGUCACGAGGAGGCACUGGCCAGGAUCGUCACGAUUGUUAGUAAACUGACCGACGAUGAGAAUGUUUCUGAGACGGAGAAAAAUAACAUCAAGGCAGAGAUGAACAGACUUCAAGAGAAAUGGAACAACACACAGAAUAAUGCGAAUCUCAAUUACCUAAGCAUCACCGAAGCGCUGAUGGAGCUGGCGCAGAGAGAGAAAGCAACGCUGGAAGCAUGGAAGAAACAGACAGAUCCUUUCAAAGAAUGGAUCGUCGAAGCCAAAGGUAGAUUUGACAACCUUCAACAUGGCGAAGGAUAUGAUGUCGUUCUGGAAAAACACGAAAAGUUGGAGACAUUAUCCCAAGAACUCCUCGAUCAUCAAGUUGAUUACGGCAAUGUCUCUCAGCUCAAAAACACAAUACUUCAAGAUGACCAUCUCUCUACUUCAUUUAAAGAAAAUAUUAAGGACGAAGGUGACGCUUUGGAUAGGAAAUGGCAGGAGUUGAACGACAACAUUACCUCGCAUAGCGACCGGGUACAAAAACAAAUGGUGACCCUAGACAGCUCUCAGAAAGAUCAGCUUCAAAAAUGGCAGGAAGAAUUAAAGAGCCUGAAUAAUCAGCAACUCAAGACGGAAAACGAUCUUAAAGGUUUUGAGAGCUUGGCAUUGGACGUCGACGGUGCUAAGAAGCAAUGUGCAGACCUCAAGGCCGUGGAACAAGAAAUUGAAGUGAACCGUUCCCAAGUGGAAGAAGUGUCGUCAUUUUGCGCCGAAAUUUCCGCUGAUCCUAACAUCGCCAACAAGGAGAAGACUCGCAUUAAGAAGGAAGCUGAUGUGACUAAGGAACGGCAGAACAAACAAGAAAGACUGUCUGUGGAAUAUCAACGCAGGUUGGAAGGAAAGAUUCGUGAGCUCGAGGAUAUCCAGACAUCGAAAUUGGAGAAAUGGAAAAGUUCGUCACAACCCCUUCACGAAUGGCUCGACGGAGUCGAUGAUGACGCGAAAGAGUUCGACGCGAUCGGAGGAAAUAUUUCAAAUGUGCAAGCGCAGUUCAACGAGCUUCAGAAAUUAUCCAAGGAGUUCAAGGAAACCGAACCAGCUCUUUUCAACGUUCUAAAAUCUGGGGAAGAUUUAAGCACAGAUCCGCAAGUGUCAGAGGAAGUUCGUGAGAGAGUUACUCAGGAUGUUUUGUCGUUAAGAGAAAGCCAUACUAACGUAGCUGAGCUGUUGAAAUCACAGAGGGAAAAAAUGAAAAGUCAACUGCUAAAACUGCAACAACAUCAGGAGAAAUGUCUCAUCGAUUGGAACGAAAGAAAAACUUCUGUUGAUGUCCGCGUGAAGACAAUGGAGAAACGAACAGCGCAAUGGAAGCCAGUUGGAAAUAACAUGGAAGAAAUUCAAUCAGAAAAAGAAUAUCUUAAAGGAAUAGAAAAGGAACUCGGAUCCAUCGAGUGGGAGCUGACAGCCAUUCUUGAACAUGGAGAGACUCUGUGUAAAGACAAGUCUAUCUUUGAAGAAGAGAAGGUAACAAUUCGAGACGAAAUGAAAAUCAUGGAGACGGCGUUUAGAAACAGCCAAAAAAGUGUAGAAGAUCGAAAACAAAGUUUGAACGCAAAACUCGACGAGUUAAGAGAAGCACGAGCGAAUGAAUUCUUAGAUAAAUGGGAAAAAUCUUCUUCCAAGACGAUGAAAUGGAUGGACACUUUGGAAGAAACGUUUUAUUUUGAUGAUGACGAUCAACAAUCCCUUAAUGAUGUCAGGGAUAGACUGGAGGAUGUUGAUGAUCUCUCGGAAAGAGUGGUAAAUUAUCAACCAGAAUUCAACUCUACGAUAAAAUGUGGAGAAGACGUGAUCAGGGAGCCUUCAGUCGAGUCAGAAGCGAAAGAAAAAGUCGAAGAUGAAUUGUUAUCUUUGAAGAAAAGAUGGCAGGAUAUCAACACAAAUCUUGACUCUCUUACGUCUAAGCUGGAGGAUCGGGAAUUGUCUUUGGCGAAAGAACACGACGAGCUUGCUAAAAAAUGGCACCAAGAUUUGCAAGAAACUAAAGCUUGGUGCAAAGAGACUCGGGGGAAACUCGAUGAUAUUGAGCGUGUUCGGGAUGGGGAAGAUUAUGAUGAACUGUCUGAGCGAAGAAAAGAAUUACAGAUAAUGAUUGAGAUGCUAUCUCAGUACGAAAUCAAAAUCAACGAGCUUGAAGCAAGCAGUCAGGAACUUGCCAAGAACUCGGACAAGAAAGCAGAAAGCGAGAAGUUCUUGAAUGAAACUCAAACGUUGCAGAAAGAUUUUAGCGACCUAAAACUAGCUAUCGAAACUGCACAGUCGAAUUACGAGUCGAUGGUUGCCGACGUUGAAAGUGCUCACGGUAAGAAACUGUCGGACUGGAAUAAGAAAGGAAAACGAAUUGAAAGACAGCUGACGAACAUUGAGACGGAAUGGCAGAAGAUUAGUUUCCUUGAAAACUCCAACGAUGACGAGGUUAUAGAACACAGGAAACAGUUGGAGGCCGUUGCAUCGGACAUAAACAGCCUUCAACCGGACUAUGAACGUCAUUGUUCACUUGGCCGACAGCUGUCUAAAGAUCCAGCGCUUAAUCCUGAAACACGAGACACAGUUGAGAAGAAAGUGGUUUCCUAUGAACAGCGUUGGAAAAGCCUUCAAUUGGCAAGAAAACUCUGCCUGAAACUUCCUCGUGUGGCGGUUGACGAGGCUGUGAUGAAGGUCGAGGAAAGACAAGUGGAAAGCGCUGAUAUGGACGCAUUUGAUGAAUUGUUUGGAAUUGACAGUUCCGAAGGUGGAAAUUGCCAGGAGGUCGUGGAUUGGUAUGUCGACUACGAUUCCUCUCUCAAAUGGUGCGUGGACGCUGAUGAUAAAGUGCAAAAGCUUGCACGACCAGGAGAAUAUAUCAUCCUUGUUGAAAGACAGCAUGGAGAAAUUGAGGAACUGAUUCAGUUGCUGACUACAUACGAGGCAACAAUAUCUAAAGUUCUGGACAAAGGACAGCAUCUUCUCGCUGAGGCAGAGACCCUGAGACUGAGCAAGGAUGAUAGAUCACGACUGGGUGAAGAUUUGAGAAAAUUGAAAACGAAAUGGGACGAGCUACAGGAGAAUGCUUUUGACACCGAACGAAGUUUAAACGAGCAUGUGAACAAACUACGAGAAUACGAUGACUGGCAAGAAAAGGCUGGAGUGUUGUCGCAAUGGCUCGAAAUGACCGAUCAUAAACUGGACUGCUGUUCCUCGUUAUCAGAAGAUCUGGAGGAACAGGAGAAACAGAGAAUAUUUCUGAAGAAAUUCGCGACGGAGAAAAGCCAAAAUGAAGAGAGCAUAACAGAUGUGUUCAAUCUUGGAAGAUACAUCGUCACGAAUCACUUGGUAUUGAAGAAUAAAUACACCGAAAUCGAAAAUGAUAUUGAGAAGUUUAAGAAUAUAUGGAAUAAAAUGCUCAGCAAAGCCGAUGAAUUCUGUAAAUUAUUUGGGAUCCCCUUCAGUCAUAUCGACAUGACGUCGUCAGAUCCUUUACUUCAGUGGAAACGAAAGGUGGAGGAAGUCGAAAAAUGGAUCGCGAAUGCCCGGGAAAAAUUGCAUCUGAAGAAUAACUUGGAUUUCAAUGCUCUGAAGACACUACCGGAGACUGCUAAUGAGAUCUCGCGAGGAAUAGAAGAUUACUGCGUACCACAGCUGAAGGAAAUCACAUCGCGUGCCCAGGACAUCUUGAACGAAAAAGAUUCGGACGCCGUUCAGAACGCCGAAAUUUCAGAAACCAUCACAAGACUUUCGGAGCAAAUUGAUGACUUAAGACGGUACACAGAAUCACAGAAAGUUCACGUGCGUAAUCAAACUCUUGCGUUCUUCACGGAGAAACUGAAUACUUCAGAGCUUAUGGUGGAUCGUGUCCUGGAGGACUUGAAGAAGCUGAAAUCAGUUGGAUCUGAGGCAGCAGCCGUGCGAGACCAGGUUGAUCUGAUCAAGAAGUCCGAAGGCUUCCUACAAAAGCAUCUGACUGAAUUCGAGGAGUCGAAACGGCAGAUUAUUGAAAUGGAAGACAAAGGUUAUCUUUCGACCGAUGGUUUUGAAGGCACGUUGAAGAUUAAGACUGUUGAACUCGAACCGCGUAUGACUGCAGUAGAAAAGCAAUUUUCUGACACCAAAAAUAGACUGACCAAGGGUGUAAUCAGUUUCCAUGGGCAACACAAGGAUGACGUAAAGAAGUGGUUAAAAUAUUGUGAAAGGAAGUUGAACGAGAUUGAUCGCGAUGCUGUUGAAAUAAACGCCGUGUAUGACGAGUAUUCCAAACUACAGGAGUUGAGACGGGAGAUCAUCAAAGGAGAGCAAGGUUUUCUCAACACACUGGAGUUGAACGAGAGAUUGGUGGCGGAAGCCAUGUUGAGUGAAGAACAAGGACACGAAUAUCAGGGAGAAAUUCAGGCGAUUGCUAAAUCAAGAAAUGAUCUGCAAAGAAGAAUACAGGAUACGAAUUCUAAAUUGUACACGCAGCUGGUCGAAGGUCUACAAGGCAUUUUGUCUUCUUCGAUUCACGCUUUUGAAGAGAUGGAAACAACAUUGAAAGAAUUGAAGUUGUCAGGAGACUUUGAUACAGCCACAGAGCAAAUGGACAGUGCGAAGAACAUUACCGAAAGCGCUGUCGACUUGGAACAAAAGGCACAGGUGACCCUGGAGAUAGCGAAGAAAAUAACGACGUUUGGUAUUCUCAUCCUCAAGGAAGAGGACAAAUCCAGCGUGGAGGAUAAAAUCAAACAGUUGAAAGAAUAUGCGGCCAAAAUGACUGCAAAGUCGCGUGCCGAGUUCAACCGCAGGUUGCUAGACGACUAUUUAGUGAUGUUCAGAACGCAAGUUGAUGAACGGAAAACGUGGAUUGCCGUGAGCGAGAAUAGAAUGUCCUCAUCUUAUUUGGAAAUUGAAGAUCUGCCCGGAUUCCAAAAAGAACUCAAAGAACACAAGGAAUUCCAAGAAGAGUUAUCUCAUCGAAAUAUGGAGAAGAUGUCAAACGCGGCGGACAGGGUGACCGAGCUCGAGACGAACUACAAAACGGACGUGCGAAAUUUGGAGAAGAGAUGGCGAGUCUUGAAACAAUGGUCUGAUGAUUAUUCUCUGGAUUUACAAAGAGUCGUAAAGGAAUGGAGACUCGUGAAACAAGAGGAAGAAACGUUGGUGAAAUGGUUGGACCCGAACGAAGUAAAACUUUCGGAAAUUAACGGGAAAAUAAAUUGGGCUGAUGAAGAAGGGAUGAAGAAACAGAUUACAGACCUUAAGAAACUUCAAUCCGAACUUGAGGAAUAUGGAGUAGUAUUAUCCAACACUCACAUCAAAGGAAUGGCCUUGAUGAAGUUUUUGAACGAUGAAGCGGCUGCGUCGAGAACCAUAGAUAAAGAUCUUUCUCAGUUGGACAGAAGAUGGAACAAUAUGGCGAAGGAAAUUAUAGCACGGAUAGAAUUGCUGCGGAAUAUCCAGUAUAAACUUGCAGACCUGAAGGAUGCGAAGAGUCGGGUGAAUACGUACAUCGACGAAACGAACGCGGAACUUGACGAGCAUGAAACGAAGGCGCAGCGUCUGCGAGGUAACAUGUCCAACGACAUGGAAAACGGAGAAACGGCAAAGGAGAAGAAAGUUAGGAUGAAAAAAGAGCGGGAAAAUCUUCAACAAGAUGUUGCAGGGCUGGUUAAAAGUUUAGAGGAUAAGAUCGCGGACUUUCCAAAAAACCAAGCUCUCGUCGAUCGCAUCAACUCCGUGAGCGAAGACAUCGAGAACGUUGCUGACGAGGACUCGAAAACUGCGCUCCACGAUGAACUACUAAAUUUCAAUGCGAGAUGGCAGGUGAUUGUCACGAGACUAGAGGAUUACUCAGAUACCGAUCUCCCUGAUCAGAACUCAUUCGGUUGUAUGGGCUUUAUGAAAAAGAGACUAAGCGGUUCUGCAUUCUAGCGGCCCAGACCAGCUCCAAAAUCCCCCCAUAUUGCAAUAUUUAUACAACCCCAACCCCCCCGUAGUUAUGUAUUUUUCUAUGAAACGAGUAUUUAUAGGUGACAACAUUAUAUAUAUAUAGAUAUGUUAUUUUAUGUUAUUAUCAAAAUCACAUUUCGCCCGACCGGCGAAGUAAAUUUCACAGUAUGCAUUUUCAGAAGUAGCUUAAAAUUGUGGGAAGUUUAGAAUUUGAAUUUUUCUGGUAGGUAGAAAAAUAGAAAAAAGGGUUCUAUAUUUGCGCGUUUAUUUGGAAUAGCGUGUGAUCACUUAAUCCUUCAUUGAUGCGCAAAUGCGCAGGACAUUGAAAUUCGCGAAGAGCGCAAAAUAUUACUGGAGCGCGGGCUUAUAACGAGACGAUGAUUAAAAUGGUAUUUAGGAGCGAAUUUAAUGCCAAAAUUUGUAUGUAUAUAUUCAGUGGUGGUUUGCAUGUAAGUUUUCAAUGGAUGAGUAACUUGCAGUAGCGUAGCCAGCCGGACGAUUUGUCCCGCUAUGCUAAUAUUUUGGUGUUCACUGACUGUGAAAACAAUAGA